AUGCCAUCCAGCUCGCCAGGCAACAGCAACCCGACCUUCCUCCCGCCGUCGAACGCUGGUACCGGUGCACCGCCCGGCUCUACCCCUCUCCCUCAACCCACCUCCUCGAUGCCAGCGGUUCCCGGGUCCGUCGAGAGCGCGCUGUCUCCUCGCUCUCGACGCCGUCUGGCCAUCGGUCUUGUCCCCCAUCCCUCAUCGACCGCCGCGGCACUGUCCGAGCUUGAACCCGUCCCCCUCCGCGUGGUCAACGCUCAGAGCGUGCGGGGCGCCAACGCCCACGACGGCGAUCACGUAACAACCGUCAACAACAAUGCCAGCCCAAGUCCGUUGGGACGCAGUACACUGGUGCCUUCCCCAUCCACUUUGCGUUCCUCUGCCAGCAUCGACAAGGCGCUGUCCCGGACUGGCAAAGUGAAAGACAGCUCUGGGGAGGACGAGUCUCAUAACGACCUUGCGACAACCUCAUCGUCCAGGACCCAUCUGCCAAGGUCAAGUCGUUUGGUCCCUACUGGUCUUGGCGGCUCCACAUCUUCUAGGGACACGGUGUCGGGCCAGCGUAGUGUAGCUUCCGUCAUCCCAUCCCAAGGUCGUCACCACACCGGACCGCCUUCAGCUGUCAUUGACCUCACCUGCGACGACGACUCGGGCGACGAUAUCGGCAGCCAUGUUGAAGUUGUUCCUCGUCAAGAGUCUGGAAGGCUCAAUCCCAACAGCGAGGAGAAGACUGCACCCCGCGCCGACCGUAACUCCUCAUCGAGUCGCAAGCGUUCCCUCGAGGACCAAGAUGAGACGCCAGUAGCAUCCAAGAAGCCUCGGCAAGCGUCCAGCGUCCGGAGCAAGUCUCGCGACAAUGUCAACCAGAAGCCUGAUCCCUCAGUCGACCCAGCCUCUGACAGCGACAUUGCCAACGCCAAGAUGCCACCCGCCCAGUCGAUUCCCAGCACGACCUUCCCUUGGACGAGUCCAGCCCCAGGCAUUCACCUCUUGUCGGCUGUUUUGCACGCAAUCUCUGAAGGCCUACCGAAGAAGGAACGCGAUGCCGUCAUAGCUCAAGGCCCAGAGCUUAUCAAGAGCCGCGCCGAUGUCAACGUCAACGCUGUCGAAUUCCUGGUGUCGCCCAGCCAUCCUUUGCGCCUGAACCCCGACAACGCCAAGGUCCUGUUGGGAGCGAUCGUUGAGCCCGACCUUCUUACGCCUGGUCGCCUGCAGUUCCCGGCCGACAUUUACGAGCACGUCGCCGCCCUGAUUGUCCGUCAACGCCUUGCCAACGUCGAGGUCAUUGAGGUUACCGACUUUCUGCAAGGUGACGACUGGGACCUCCUCGAAAAGGCUAGCCAAGCACUGUGCCAAGUGAUUGGUAAGAGGUGGCGCCCGCCCCUUUGCGCUCAACUCAAGACGGUUGUCAUUCGCCAGUCGGCUGCUGAAGCACUUUGGGGGUCUGAGGACAAGGACAAGUUUUCUGGACUGAAGCGCCUGGGCAAGCCUACGUCCCUGUGCAUCGACUUUAACCUGCGCUCGUGCGCCGAGGCAGUGAUCCUGCCGCACUCCGAGUCCCAGCGCGGCCAAGACGGUGCCUACACGUAUGGAACCUCUGCCAAAUCCAGAUGCCGACCCGAGCUCAAAAUCCAAGUGGAUGGAGUGCAAGAGUCCAUUGCUGCUCUGAUCCAGGGCGCCUGGCCCAAGAUCAACACUGUCAAUUUCCAUGUGGGCGACAUCACGCUUCCUUCGCUGCACCGUGGUGUGACCCACCGCGUGUUCUACUCUCCGACAGUGGAACCCUUCAACGGCCCCAAGCUCCUCAGGCGUACCGCCGGACGCCAGAAGAAGCAAAAGGUGGCCCGUCGGUUCGAGUGGGUGCCCACGUUGUUUGUCUCGACGCUCUUGGCCGAAGCGAAGCGCUGUGCGCGCGGCGAGGUCUCGGUCCUCGACGAGAGAAAGGACGUCCCCGAGGCCAAAUGGGAGAUCCACUACCCGUCCUCGCCAUCUGACAUGGCGGCCGAUUUCCGCCGCUCCGAGGAGCUGCUUGCUCGAAUCGUCGUGGACCGCAUCUCACUCAUCAACGCCGGUGUCGACGAGGCCACCAUUGACGACAAGGCCGACGAUAACCCCGAGCCCAAGUCGGUGGGUAGGACCCGCCGCUCAACCGCUGCACUUGCGCUCGCCGACAAGACAGCCUCUUCCACAAACAGGAAGUCGGACUCGACCCCGGAACUCAUGAAAAGUGCCGGCGGCAGCGGGAGCGGCAAGAGCAAGGACAUGGGCCGCGAGAAGGUGCCCGACAAGAAGGGCAAGAGUGCCGUCUCCGUGGAGGACAAGGACGUUCUUGAGGUACCCACCCGCCAAAAGGGCGGAGUGCAGUACGUCGGCUGGGUCGACUACCGCGCGCACAGCGAGGCGGAGGUGGUCUGUCCCUGCUGCAAGAGUCUGUGCUUUGUGAAUGAUGAUGGGUCCGGCCACUAA